UUCACCCUCCCCUUUCGCCCAUGCCAGCAGCCUCCUGCGCAAGAUGAAGCCGAAGCUGAUUCUCUCCCCCACACCCCCACAAGCCCGAUAUCGACAACUUCGACGUCAGCGACACUUAUCUCGAACACUGACUUCCCCGCAACCACCGUUUCUUCUGUGAAUGACCUCCAAUAUUCCACGUCCUCGCCGCUUAACGCGAUCGGGGGAAAGAAUAUUUACGGCUCACAAGAGCAUUUGGAGGUGCAGGCAAUUUCUAAUGAUACUGACCCAAUGACACUCUUGAAUGAACUGCAGUCCGAGCAAGAUUCGAUCCACCGGACCGUAUCCGAACUUCUCACCAUGAAGCAGUUGUCGGCAAAAGCCAAGGCUCUGCUGGAAGGAUUACGCAAAUCUUCAUCAAAGGUGGGUAUUUCGAUCGCUAGCAUGCGACAGAAUGCUGUCGAGUGGUCCAAAUUGGAGAAAGGGCAUGCUUCGAAAGCAACAAAGCGGGACUCAGACACCGACAAGGGUGCUGAGAAAGGAUUCGCGAAGCAGUCUAAGCAGCGCGAGGCCAAGUCGAAUCGUAAGCGUACUGCGGUGGAUUCGAAUAUGGAAGAGACAGUGAAUCUUAGCACCUCUUCCCUUCCCGCUGCAUAUUCUCAUGCCGCAUCCCAGCGGACUAAACGACCAUUCGUCUACACCGAUGAGGAAGAUUCCGCCGAUGUUAAUCUCGCCAAAAAGCCUAAGGUUCUCAAGGAAGAGGCGAGCAUGCCAAAGGCGGAACAACAAUCCCUUUCUAGCCACCACAAGGCCACCUCCAAGCAGUUUCCCAAGCCUUUCCACGCUGGAAACAACCACAAGAAAGAUCCCGAGCCGACUACCAAGAAGCGAUGGGCAGGCGCGCCUCAGGAGUCCACUUCCACGGCCAACAUACAGUACAACAAGCAAGAAAGCCGAGUUCGGAAGCGUCGAGCAGAUGUUCCCGUCUUCAAAAAGCGCAAGGUCACCGCCAAUGAAGCCGAUAUCGAUGCUGAGAGUGGAAGUGGGGUUGGAAUUGGGAAGCGAAAAGGUCCAACCACCGUGAACGACUCCUGGGCAUCCGUGGUGAGGACUGAGAAGAAACGUCGCUUGAAGUGA